AUGACGAAUGCCCAACCCAAAAUAAUUAUUGGGCAGGACAAUUGGCCGCUUCUUGUCAAUAGAAAAUUAGUUGCUGGACCCUGGAACGGACCAGCAGUGAGCAAAACGCUUUUAGGUUGGGUACUUCACGGAAAUUUGAAAUACGGCGAGAAAAAUCCAAAUUCAGUGUGUCAUAUUCAAUCUUUCGACAUUUUCAGAGAAAAAGAUGACUUAGAUGUUCUUCACGAUCUUGUCAAAGAACAAUGGAGACUAGAGAAAAUUGAAAAUUCUCAGGAAUUGGCUCCAUCACCUCUAGAUCGAAGAGCACAGAGGACUUUGGAUACUACAAUGACAAGAGUGGGACAAAGAUAUGAGACAGGACUACUAUGGAGAAAAGAAGACUUAGUAUUACCAGAAAGUAAAGCGAAUGCCUUUAGACGACUUCGCUGUGUCGAACGGAAAAUGGAUAAAGACAAAGAUUAUGCAGAAAUGUACACUAAAAAAUUUGAAGAAAUGGAAGAAAAGAAAUACAUAAGACGACUAUCAAAGAGCGAGAUUGAAGAAGAAUCAAAUAAAAUUUGGUAUCUGCCCCACUUCGGUGUAAUCAAUCCAAAUAAGCCCAAUAAAUGGAUAAAGCAAUAUGCUUUCACAGCGGACAUAAAAGAGAUGUUCCUUCAAGUCAGAGUAAGAAAAGAAGAUUGUUAUGCACAAAGAAUACUCUGGAGAGGCAUGAAUAGAAACGUAGAACCUGAUGUCUAUGAAAUCAUGGUUGUAUUUUUUGGCUCAUCCUGCGGACCGUGUCUGGCUCAAGAGGCCAAAAAUAGGAAUGCCAGAGAUUUUGCAGAAAACUUUCCUGAGGCUUCAGAAGCUAUUAUACGUCAUCAUUAUAUGAAUGAGUAUUUGGGAAACGCAGAUGAGUUGGAAGAUGCCAAGAAAUUGGUAAGAGACGUAAUCUACGUUCAUGGACAAGGUGGCUUCGUUAUAUGCAACUGGAUUGCCAAUGAUGACAGAAUUCUUGAGGACGUGGACAUGGAUCUUGUAGCACAAGGUCAUAAGAAAUUGGAUAGUAAUAAUAAGGACAUGGUGGAAAGAAUUUUGGGUGUGUAUUGGAAUCCUGUAGAAGACACAUUCUGUUUUCAGACAAAAUUCAAUAAGAUCGAUCGAGAUAUUUUGGAUAACCGCAGAAGACCAACAAAAAGGGACAUUUUGAAAAUUGUUAUGUCAGUUUUUGAUCCUUUGGGAUUCUUGGCAAAUUUCAUCGUUCAAGGCAAAAUUAUUUUGCAAAAUAUUUGGAGAAGCAAAAUUGGGUGGGACGAUGAAAUUACCCAUACUCUCGAAAAUCAAUGGCAAAUGUGGUUCUCAGAUUUGAAGAAUAUUUAUAAAUUCAAAAUUCCAAGACAAUACUUCUCGUUGAAUCGUCAUAAGAGUAAUAUUCAAUUACAUGUAUUUUGUGACGCCUCUGAGAACUGUUAUGCAGCAGUUGCCUAUAUAAGAGUUCAAGAAGAACAAGCAAUCCAAACCAACUUUGUCACCGCUAAGACUAGAGUAGCUCCGUUACGACCCCUAUCAAUUCCCAGACUGGAACUGCAAGGAGCUUUGAUGGGUGCACGUUUAGGAAAUUAUUUAAAAAAAGAAAUGAACUUGAACAUAUCUUCUGUUUUCUAUUGGACCGAUUCAAGAACAGUUUUACAUUGGAUAAGAUCAGAGGCACGACGAUUCAAAGUAUUCGUCGCUCAAAGGUUGGGAGAAAUUCAGGAUAUCACUAAUAUCGCCGAGUGGAGAUACGUAUGUUCGAAAGAGAAUGUAGCUGAUGAUGCCACAAAAAGAAAGAUUUCUUGGGACAGUCAGCGAUGGAUGAACGGUCCUGAUUUUCUGCGAAGAAAUCCUGAAGAUUGGCCAAGAGAGGUAGAAACUGAGAACUUCGGAAUAGACCCAGACACUUUGGAAGAAAAGUUUGAUAAUGUUCUCAUUAUUUCAACCAAAACAAUUUUGUCUACACCUGAUGCUCUAAGAUUUUCGAAAUGGCAAAGAUUGCUUCGAACUACUUCUUAUGUCUUGAGAUUUAUCGACAUUAUGAAGAGACGGUGUACAGGAAAAGGAGAACUUUCGGUUGAAGAGAUCAACAAAGCUGAAAACCUUCUUUUCAGAAAAGUACAGGAGGAAUCUUUCAUGGAAGAAAUAAAUGCACUGAUGCAAGGUAAACCCUUCUCAUCGAGUAGCAGACUCCGAACACUAAAUUGUUUUUUGUCGGAACAAGAUGGACUUUUGAGACUUGCUGGGAGAUUAGAAAAAUCCGAAUUGAAUGUACAGACAAGGAAACCUAUCAUUUUGGAUCCACAACACAAAAUUACGAAGCUUAUAGUCCAAAAAUAUCACGAAGAUGUUCACCAUCAUGGACAAGAAAUAGUGAUUAACAAUUUGCGACAAAAAUUUUGGAUUUUGAGGUUGAGACAAACCGUCAAAAGCAUUUGGAAUAGUUGCCAGCUUUGCAAAAUUCGACGUGCAACCCCAAGAAUUCCAGUUAUGGGUCAACUACCAGAAUGCCGUAUUCAACCGACUAUCAGAGCCUUCAUCAAAACAGGUAUUGACUAUUUUGGGCCCCUGGAAGUCACAGUAAAAAGAAGCCGGGAGAAAAGGUACGGAGCUAUUUUCACAUGCAUGACGACUCGUGCUGUACAUUUAGAAAUAGCUCAUGACCUGACAACCAAUUCCUUCAUCAAUGUUCUUCGACAAUUCGGCUGUCGGAGAGGCUUUCCAGAUGAAAUUUAUUGUGACAAUGGUUCUUGUUUUAAGAGUGCUGAGAAGGAAAUUACCGAAGAAUUCAAGAAAAUUGAGAAAAAAGAAAUUUUGGAUUUCACUGUGAUGAGAAAAAUCAAGUUUUUCUUCAACCCCCCUCUAGCACCACAUACGGGUGGGAGCUGGGAGAGAUUAAUACAAAGUAUCAAGAAAAUAAUGAAAGAAAUUUUGAAAUGCAGAUAUCCGCCAGAACAUGUACUCCGGACAGUACUUUUAGAAUGUGAAAGCAUUCUCAACUCUAGGCCAUUGACUCAUCUAUCACUUGAUUCGGACGAUGCAGAAAGUUUGACUCCCAAUCAUUUCUUGAUUGGACCAUCUAAUAUUUCACCAUCAUUCACCGAAACUGUAGAAAAAGACUUAAAUUUGAUGUCUUCUUGGAGAGCUGCACAAAGGUUAGCCGAUAUGUUUUGGUCAAAAUGGUCAAGAGAAUAUUUACCUACGUUAAUCAGAAGCAGUAAAUGGUAUAGAGACAAUGGAGAAAGAAGUAUACAACUGGGAGACGUUGUUAUAAUGGUGGAUCCAGAUGGACCUAGGAAUUUAUGGCAGAAGGCUGUUGUUAUCAACGUCUACCCAGCAAAGGAUGGGAAAAUAAGAACAGUGGAUGUUAGAAACUCCAACAACACCAUUUAUCGAAGACAUGUUGCAAAACUUAUUGUUUUAGAUGUUAAGAAGUAA